CGGAAGCGGAAGUGUUCCUUCCUGUCUGUCAAAGUCUGUGUAUUACCCGGUGGUCUGUGAUCCCGGGAUCCAGGGGGAAGUCGUUUACACUCUUUUUUUUCCCGCCUUUUGAGCGCUUCCCUCGCGGCAGGGGGGAGUGCAGGGAAGGAGGUGCGAGAUGAGCACCAUGUUUGCAGACACUCUCCUCAUCGUUUUUAUCUCCGUGUGCACGGCUCUGCUGGCGGAGGGAAUUACCUGGGUCCUGGUUUACAGAACAGACAAGUAUAAAAGACUGAAGGCAGAAGUGGAAAAGCAGAGUAAAAAACUGGAAAAGAAGAAGGAAACAAUAACAGAGUCAGCUGGUCGGCAACAAAAAAAGAAAAUAGAGAGGCAAGAAGAGAAACUAAAGAAUAAUAACAGAGAUCUUUCAAUGGUUCGAAUGAAAUCCAUGUUUGCAAUUGGCUUUUGUUUCACUGCCCUCAUGGGAAUGUUCAAUUCCAUAUUUGAUGGCAGAGUAGUGGCAAAGCUUCCUUUCACCCCUCUUUCUUACAUCCAAGGACUGUCUCAUCGGAACCUGCUGGGAGACGACACUACAGACUGCUCCUUCAUCUUCCUCUAUAUUCUCUGUACCAUGUCAAUUAGACAAAAUAUCCAGAAGAUUCUUGGCCUUGCCCCUUCACGAGCUGCCACCAAGCAGGCAGGUGGAUUUCUUGGCCCUCCACCUCCUUCUGGAAAGUUCUCUUGAAGUUAAGCAGAACCCAUUAAUUCCUGUUAUUCUUUUUAGACACUCAUGUCAGACUGGCAACUGUUUUAUAGCAGGAGCUAUAGGGCCACCAUCUUGUUUUGAAUUGUUUUUCAACUUUUUAGAUUAGGUGCCUAACUAACAGAAUAGUGCUUUUGGUCACAGGUAAUUUUUUUAAAAUUAGUACACUGAUUAGUUAAGUUCAGGUGAUUUUUAUGUAAUGAAAACCAAAUAUCUUUCUUGCUUUGCUUCUGUAAGUAUUUUCUCUGGGAGCGACUCUCAAGGUUGUAUUUGCCAGCUGCUGUGGAAGCGGACUCUGUGAUCUCUGGAGAGCCAGGAGAAAAAUUCAGUCUGUGUAACUAAGCUUAAUUGGAACUGUUUGUGGAGUUUUUAAAGCCAAGUCACUUAACAUCAAUAAAGAAGCCAAAUUUUUAGCCA